GUCGCCAAACACACCCGCAAAACCCAUUGAAACCCAAGAAACCAAACCAGAGCUUUCAGCAGAGCAGACGUUAGGUUUUCUGGCUGAAACCAUUGACGACGACGACGACGAUGCAGAGAUUGUGCUCCAAGCUCCGAUCUCUGGCGCUGAGUUCAGCGCAGAAUCUGCCAUCAAUCUCUUAUUUUCGUCCUCUUCUCCACUCUUCUCAAACGCUUCGCCAGCCUCUCCAUUCCGCUUCCCAUUCAUGGAGCUUCAAGCCCCUUUUCAGCCCCUCUUCUUCAUCAUUGCAUCCCUCUCUAGGUCUCAACUCCAUUCGCUCUUCUCCGUGCCCUCUCUCGCUGGUUCAAGUGCGGCAUGUUUCAUCGAGGGAUAGACGGAAGAAGAGGAAACCUUUGACACCAGUCACCUCCAAGGUCAAGAAAACCAAAAUGAAAUCAUACGCGUCUUACAAGUCCCGGUUUAGGACAAUGAACGAUGGGAACAUCCGGCGCUGGAAGGAGGGAAAACGUCACAAUGCGCAUUUGAAGUCAAAGAAAUCAAAACGUAGGCUUAGGCUUCCUGCAAUUGUCCCAAUAGCUUACGCCAAAGUAAUGAAGAAACUCAACUUUUCCAGUUAAAAGAGAAGAAAAACUGAAGUCCUCUGCUGGUAUUGCUAACCUCUGGAACGACAAGGGGAUCUUUUGGCUAACACCUCAUGGAUUUGUACUCUCCAUUUAUAUUGUUUACAUUAGAGGCCCAGAAUAAGCGGUUUUUAGAGGGUUUUGUUUUUUGGUUGCUUAGUGAAAGUGAUAAACUUGACUGAAUGAACAGGUAGCAAAUAGCUUCCAAAGUGUUCCGUCGAGCUUUCUUUGUUACUUGGUUGUUCACACUAACAGAGAUAACAUUGCUGUUGGGGGCUGCUUUCUA